AUGAGAGCGACACAUAUCCGCCCUCGCAACGCACGCGCCUCUCCAGAGAGGCCGGGCACAGCAUGUAGCACGCGCUCCACAAUUCGCCGAGUUGAGCCUUCACCAGACAGCCGUGACGAUGCGCUUGCCAAUAGCUACGCAGCCAGCGAGACCCCAGCACCUGGACUUACCUUUGAGCCGUUCCCCCCCUUCGAAGUCUCUGGGUCUGACAACACUGUUCUCAACGACGAGCCCUACGCGUACGUCUCUAACACUGACCCCACUGCCAGCGUCGAAGGAGCUUUACGCCGCGGCGGCACGCCCUCAGGCCGCACCUCGCCGCGCAAGAGCCGCUCGUGCUCUCCGCAGAAGUCGCGGAGCCAGUCUCCACGCAAGCACCUAGUCCGCACUCCCACGCUGCCAGCGCACCAGGAAAGUCCGUCGUCAGCAUACUCCGCUUCCGACUCCGAGAAAUGGGAAGCCCCGGAUACGCCCUCGCCAGUCUCGCGCCAGCAGCAGAAAGAUCUGUAUGCGCCGUUGAAAGUCCAGAAGCCGUUUGCCGAGAACGGUAGAAUUGAGUCGGGGCCUGGCCAUGGGACGCAUGCGCGCAUCGCGGAGUACAUGCGGAAGCUGCAGAAUACGCGCAGCGGCGGGACGGCAGAGGGAGCGGGAGAGCAUGUGCCGACGUCCGAGCCAAUACAGAGGGUCGGGGCGCCUGUGCCACACAUUGUGCAGGCUAUGGCGCAGCCUAGUAGGGCGUCUGUGAUGCUAUCUCCUUUCUCUGCUGCACAGAGGCAGGCUCAGAACGACAGGGAGCCAGCACGCCAUACUGAUGCGUCGAGGCGCAGCGAGGCCUCUGGUGCUUCUGUGGCAAGCAGACACAGCAUCUUCUCGACGCCGGGUAGAGACGAGAUGGAGAGAAAGAAGCCGAUUGUUGAGGAGGAUGAGGGACCCUUCGCGAAGGCGACCAACAUGCAGGAUCUUGAGCGAAAGAGGAGGAGGGUGAGUGAGGCCACGGAGGAGAGCGGAGAGAACGAAGAGAGGAGGAGGUUCUGCGGCAUACGAUGUGUAGUCAUGUAA